ACAUCCGUAAACAGUAACACGUUAUCAUUCCAGAUCUCGAAUCCUCUCUUACUUACUCGUUGCGUUUGCUGGAAGAAUCGACGAGGUUGUGGGUGUAUUGUGUAGCUGUAUAUAAGGUGAGGGUUUUAACUGGAUGUCAUUCUGUCAUUCAGCUUCAACACUGAACACGACUGACAACAGACCGCCGAAGCAGCGCGAACUCCAAGUGUAUAUACAACGUAACUGGGCCAUUUACAUUGAACAACUUCACCUACGGCGUUGACGAGAAGAAACCAUCAACGACGAUGUUGUUCCACGUGGUACCCGAGAACAUGUUCGGAGACCGUGCCGGUUGUUCAAGACCCUGCUUUUACCGGAGACACCCAUGCCGUCGACAGCAGCAGUUGAGUAAUAUUGGGUUUCUCCACGACAUUCUCCGCCCUCUAAUGGUGAUGUCGCACAACAACCCUGGGUCGGAACGCUGUCACGGUAGACGCCCAUGUGACACAGAUACAUGUCAGGGUGUCACACGUCGAGGGACACAGAAGGAGGAGUGUCCUUCCCAGAAACAGGUGCCGAAGUCUAUGAUUGCAUGCCUCGAUUUCCGCGGUUUUUCUGCAGAUGAAAUAAAAGUGAAAGUCACAGACAGCGCCGUAGUUGUGUGUGGCCGACAUGAUGACCCCGAGAACUCCUUCCGGGUCACUAGAACACUUCCGCUGCCACCUGGUGUUGACAAAACGGGAAUUAUCUGCCGAUAUGUUGACGGCAAGGUCACCCUUGAGAUACCCGCCUCCGCGAAAGACAGCGUGGAGGACAAAUCGGAGAGGCAAGAGGAUGAGAAGAAAGUUGAACACAAAGAGGAGAAUAUCAAAACUGACCCUACCAGGACAAGUAACGCGGGCGAUGAUGAUGACGAUGACGAUGGAAUGGGAAUAGAUAGGGAAGCCCAAGCAGCUUUUCAAGUAGGCAUGGAACAUCUGACGGGACUUUUUUCCAGCAUCUUUGGUCUUCCUCCCGAGGAGAAGAAAGAUUUGCUCCAUAGGAGUCCUGAUGAGAAAGAAGAACCUGCUGAACAGACAAACACAGGUCUAGACAGAGAUGAACCUCGCCCGGAAGACGACAACACGACGGAAACAGAGUCCUUGGGCGAUCUAACGGAUGUCGAGGAAGAGAGAAGCGAGGAAGAGAAAGGGGAAAAAGGAGAUACCUGCCUAAUGUUGAAAUAUGACGAGAAGAUGUCUCUCACAGAUGACGCUGAUGACUUCCUGCACGUGGAGAAACAGACGACAGGUGACAGUGCUCCAGAGCAGACGACAGUCCGUAUAAUGCCCGAAGACGAAGAUGUAGCCCGACUGACGUCUGAUAGAGAGGAAGAUGUUCCGAAGACAGAGGUCGAAGCCGAGAAUAAAGUUCCCGUCUCCUCAACAUCACCAGAUUUCGAAAUUCGGUUCGAUCUGUCCAGCUACAAACCAGACAACAUCCGGGUAGUUGUAAGAAGUGGUGACGUCAUCGUGGAAGCCGAGCGCGAGAGCAAGUAUGACGGUUACAGCGAGACUGAGACACUGCGAAGGCGCAUUCGUCUCCCGGACAAAGUGGACCAGUCCAUGUUGACGAGUGUCCUGAAUGCAGAAGGCGAGAUGACCAUUCAGGCGCCAUUCCUGUCUCAGGCCAUCAGUGGGAAGGAAGAGAAAACUGUCCCGGUUAUUUGGGAGUGAUUUGAGAUCGUGGAAAGUUCAUGACGGAUAUAUGGAUCUCAGUAUUCGACCAGUUGAGGUUGUCUUAUCACAUUGCUGACUCAAUAUUUAUCUAAAAGCUUAUACGUAUUUAUCAAUGUAUGUACAUAAAUCAUAUCAACAAAAUAUGCGUCUUCAUAAAUACUUACUGUUACUGAAGAGAUAAUCAGUUCUAUGAUAAUGGUGUUAUAUGACACUGAAGGAUAACAGACGUUAAAGUGUACAUACUUUCUAGCAUUCCCCUGUACAUAAUCCUAUAAUUUCCCAAAUUACAUACCAAAUAGCCAUUUAUCUUUUAAGCUUCUUUUAAGUUACAUUUGUAUUGUUGAUACGUGUAUCGUGUUUCACAAAGUAAUAAAAUGACAUAAUACAUUCAUCCACA